AUGGAGAGCAUCGGCAUCAUGAUUCUGUACAUCUUCCCCCCUCCCACUUCGACCCACUUCGAUCUUAAAAGGCUGCAUUCGUCAUUCAUUUCUCUCGUUGAUCACGACUAUACAUUUUUGAUUGGAAAGUUUCACGUUGACCCCACAACGGGAAUUGCUUGUGUUAAGCAGACAGCAGAGUCUGUACGAGUGGGGGCCACUGGAAUCCGAUUUGAAAUGGAUCCGCAAAAUCCGUUGACGACAGAGUUGGCAACUCGGAAACUUUCAUUGGAUUUAAUGCCCACUACUCGCGACAAGGAAGAGCUGUUUUGUGUUAAGGCAUCGCUGCUCACGGAUGGAGGCAUGACUAUUGGUAUCGAUGCUACUCAUGUUCUGUUCGAUGCAGAAGCUUUUUCUACAUUUAUGAAAGGCUGGGGUCAAUAUUACAGCGGCGUCAAGCCAGAUGAGAGACUUGUUGUAAAUCAUGAUCGAUACUUGCUAAAUGGGACGGGGAAGCCAUCUGAGAUGCAACAUUUAGAGUUUCAGGCGAAGGCAACAGAGAAAGCUAGAGACGAAGCUCAACUUCUCACUCAGGCACCACCCCCAUCAGCCCAACACUUUUUCCAUUUUAAUUCGAAAAUGAUGAAGAGAAUCAAGGAGGUGGCAAGUAAUGUUGAAGGAAAAGGUAGCAAUCCUUCAGAGGUAUCGUAUGUCAGCACAGUCGACGCAAUUACGGCUCUGAUGACCAUUUUGAUCUCAAGAGCUCGUGGUCAUGGCCAUGAUGUAAAAAUUACGACCUGUGUAAAUGCCCGGCGCCAUCUACACCCUCCGCUACCCCAGAACUAUGUUGGAAAUGCCAUUUUCAAUGCAUUGUCGAUGUACCAAAAUAGUGAGUUGCAACCGCAGCCAGAGGACAUUGAACUCGUCUCUCCUGCAAUUCUUUCAAGGCUCGCUCGACGUGUUCGGAGCUCAAUUGUUCAAUGUAACGAAAAGUACAUGCAAGACACGAUCAACUUUUUGACUGAGCAGAAAAGUGUCAUUGAUAUGAAGAUAGGAACAAAUUUUGUGUUUGGUCCCGAUCUCUUUUUUACUUCUUGGUUACAUUUGGGUAUGUAUGACGCCGAAUUUGAGGAUGUUCACCCUGUGUACGCAUGUGUUCCUCAAAUGCCAGACUUCGAUGGUUUGGUCAUACUCACUGAAGCCCGAAACGGAGAAGAAGGAAUUGACAUGGUUGUUUUUCUCGAGUGCAAUGCGAUGGAGAAGCUCAAGAUAAUGCUCAACAACAUUUCGUACCUUUAUGAUUAG